ACACUGGAAGUGUGUGCCAUUUUGACAACUGGAAUUCCAAUAUCAGCUGAUUAUCAGCAUUGUUUACAAAAAAUCCUUUGGCGCAAAUUCUGCCAAAAUUCUGUCCUUUCUCAGGAAAUUUGCUUGCGUGACCAUGAGCGUGGAGGAAGCUGAACAGGUUGAAAUGCUAGAUUUGCUGGCUUACAAUUGCAAUCGCCUGCGUCAUGAGCUGAAGGCCGCUCAGAGUCCGGAGGAGGAGGAGGAACUUCUCAAGGCCUACCUGCGUAAAGCAGAUGAGAGUCAUCAGCCAAUUGGGGACUUUAAGGAUGAUCUCGAUUGGUUCAACGUGGAAGAUCCACUGACGCUGAGUGAGACUCUGCAGGGGAAGAUUGUGGUGCUGGAUUUCUUCACUUACUGCUGCAUCAAUUGCAUGCACAUCCUGCCGGAUCUCAAGAAGCUCGAGGAGAUGUUUAGCGUGGAGGAUGGUUUGGUGGUGAUUGGAGUGCACAGUGCAAAGUUUGACAAUGAAAAGGAUUCAGCUAAUAUCCUGUCGGCUGUUCAGCGAUACAAUAUCACCCAUCCCGUGGUCAAUGAUGUGAAUUCUAGCAUGUGGAAUGAGUUGAAUGUUCAGUGUUGGCCAACUCUUGUGGUGCUUGGUCCAAAGGGAAAUCCGUUGUUUGUGUUGAUGGGAGAGGGGCAUUUUAGUCUCCUGGUGAAGUAUAUCCGGUCCGCUGUGAUGUUUUACAAGGAUCAGGGUGCCAUUUCUGGUCAGAGUCUUCCCAUAAAGCCCUCCACGGACCUCCUGAUGAAGUCCAAUUUGAAGUUUCCGGGGAAGAUUGUCUGCUCCAAGGUCAGUGACAGUGAGGACAUUGCUGAGUUGUAUGCCAUAUCGGAUUCUGGGAAUCACAGGGUGAUCGUGAUGAAUGCUCAGGGAGAGGUACUGCAGAAGAUUGGCGGGAAGAGUCCGGGAUUUGUCGAUGGGAAUUUUAAAGUGUGUAGAUUUGAUUCGCCUCAAGGGCUCGUCUUCCUGGACAGCGAUACGAUUUUCGUGGCUGACACUGAGAAUCAUGCCAUCAGGAAGAUUGAUCUGAAGGCCAGGAUGGUGGAAACGGUGGUUGGGACGGGGAAGCAGGGAAAUGACAGGGUUGGCGGGAAGGCAGGACCUGAGCAAGAAAUCUCUUCGCCGUGGGAUGUUGCUGUGUACAGGACGAAGGAUAUGGACAUGUCCUUCCAUAUGGAUGAGAGUGCCAUCCCUGAGAAGGUUCUCCUGUUGAUUGCCAUGGCGGGAACCCAUCAGAUCUGGGCAUACUUCAUUGAUGAUCUAAUCUGGUGGAAAUUCCGGAAGUGCUCAGCCAAAUCAUGCGCCAUGAUUGCUGGGAAUGGCAAUGAGGAGAAUAGGAACAAUGCCUAUCCGACAAAUGCCUCAUUUGCCCAACCUUCGGGAUUGGCAGUGGCCAGGGAUUCCAAGGAGCUCUUUGUGGCCGAUAGCGAAAGUUCGUGCGUCAGGAAGCUGUCACUAAGCGACGGAAAGGUGUCUGGGGUCGUGGGAGGAGAGAGAAAUCCACAGAAUCUCUUUGCUUUCGGUGACAUUGAUGGAAAAAAUGUCCUGGCCAAGUUACAGCAUCCCUUGGGAGUGACCUAUAACCCUAGAGAGAGAUUGGUCUACGUGGCUGAUACCUAUAACCACAAAAUCAAACGAAUUGAUCCCUUGGGCCAAACAGUGACCACCCUGGAGACCAAGGGGCACUCCUUCAAUGAACCCGGCGGACUCUGUGUCAAUCCCAGUGGGACGCAACUUUUCAUAGCUGACACAAAUAACCACUCAAUUGAGAUUCUCUCCCUCUCAACGCUAGAGGUCAAGCCUCUCUCCAUUUCAUUCAAUGCAACAGGAAAUGACGCACUCAAGCAUCCAGGAACUCCAUUGCAGUUCGGGAAACUCGUCCUAAAGCCCCUGGGAGGGAAAAUCAGGCUGUCAAUCAAUCUGAAUUUGGAGGAUAUUGGAUUUACGGAGGAAGCACCACAGAAAUGGAAUGUCUAUCUGCCCAAUGAUUCCUGGUACGUGAACCAGCAAAAUGGCUCAGUAAAACGUGGUCAGACAGUGGACAUUGAUAUCACAGUGCCUCCGGCGAAUUUCAAGCUUCAAGCGGACACCUUCAGUGUCCACUUCAAGUUGGCCCUCUGCGUGAGGAGCCUGUGCUUCCCCCGUUCAUUCUCAGUGGCCUUUCCCGUGACCUACGACACAGACGGACUGGACUGCAUCAUUGAGGAUGUUCUCGUGAAGAUUGACGAAAACAUGGUCAAAGUUUAGCAUUUGCAAGAAAUAAAAGAUUUUUUUUAUUA